GCCACCGCCCCCCGCGGGCGGCACGGCCGGCUCUCCAAGAUGGCGUCGGCGCCGCCUCCGUCGGCGGCCAAGUUGUACAGGCCGAACCGCUACGUCUCGCUGCCCGCCGAGCUCGACCCCAACACCUACGACCUAUCGCCGGAGAAGCGCCGCGCCGAGGCCGAGCGCCUGGCGAUCCGCUCCCGGCUCAAGCGGCAGUACUUGCUGCAGCUCAACAGCCCCAGCCCGCCCGCCGUCAUCGAAGAUCCCGCCUUGAUCCGCUGGGCCUAUGCGAGGUCCCAGAACGUCUACCCUACUUUCCGCCCGACACCCAAGACGUCCUUUCUAGGAGCUGUUUAUGCGUUAGGCCCCGUCCUCUUCUGGAUCUUUGUCUUAAAAGCUGACAGGGAUCGUAAGGAGAAGCAGAUCCAGGAAGGUAAAUACAAGCGACCGCCGUUCAGUGUAUUCUUCUAAGUUCCUGGAAUUGCAGUGAUGUUCAUGGGAUCUAAAUAAAAUAAGGUGCAUUAUGUGGUGAUAUUUCUCUGUCACAAGAAUAAAUCUUAAUUGCUUGUU